GUUUUUUUUCUUUUCUGUUCCACGAGUGCCAUCUUCGUUGCAAAGCGAAUUAGGGUUUCGACGAGGGAGGAGGAGAGAGGAAGAGGGAGAGAGGGAAGCAAUGGCGUCGGCGGUGGCUGCGGGAAGUGGGCGAGGGCUUUGGGAAGGGUUCUACCGAUUGGUUAUGCGUCGGAACUCCGUCUAUGUUACCUUCGUCGUCGCUGGUGCAUUCCUUGGUGAACGGGCCGUGGAUUAUGGAGUUCACAAGAUUUGGGAAUACAACAAUGUUGGGAAGAGAUAUGAGGAUAUCCCAGUCUUGGGACAGAGGCCGGCUGAAUAAUCUCCUGUGAUUUGGUAAUUCAAGUAUUUCAGAAGUCAUCUGGAUUGUAAUACAAUUUUUACCCAUGAAAUCUUGUUUUGAUUGUCAGUCAAUAAUAAGACAUUUGACGCAGAUGUUAUUGUCCUGCUGCUUGAGACUCAAUUGACUUUCUUUUGUUUUAUAUAUUUUGUCUAUUUCUUAAAACAAUUGUUUAAAAUGAACGCCAAUUGACAUCA